CUAUUGGAGCCUCCGAGCUGGCCCAGCAUGCAGUGCGGCGGUGGGCGGUGCCUCCUCUCGUUUCCUUUCUCUGCCCGUCUCGCUGGUUGCCCGGUGUCCUCACUCUGUUCUUGGCUGGUAGGAGAGCCUGGUACCGGCAGAAUGUUGUCUUCAAGAGUUCUCAGCUUAGUUGGGAGACGAGCUCUUUCUACCUCUGUCUGUCUGCAAGGCCACGCCAGUGUCGCCAAACCUGAACCAUACAGUCUCCCUGUAUACAUUGACCGCCGGGAUGCUCCGCUGCCAGAUAUUGCUUUUGUGGAAGCCCUCGACGCCGAACAGAAGGCUCUGAAAGAAAAGGAAAAGGGCACAUGGUCUGCGCUGAACACCAAGGAGAAGCUCGACUUGUACCAUAUCAAGUUCAAUGAGACUUACGCUGAAAUGAACAAGGGAUCAAGUGAAUGGAAGACCAUCGUUGGUGCUGGCCUCAUUUUUGUGGGACUGUCCGCUUUGAUUGUCAUUUGGCAGAAAAAAUACGUUUUCGGAGAGGUUCCUCACACAUUAUCUGAGGAGUGGGUGUCAGUCCAGACAAAGAGAAUGCUGGACAUGAGAGUCAACCCAGUUCAGGGUUUCUCUUCCCAGUGGGAUUAUGAAAACAAAGAGUGGAAGAAAUGAAAGCUUUUGUCCCCGAACACUCCAGUUCUGCGUACAAGAAACCGUUUGGUCCAUUCCUGACCUCAUAACCACAUUACCUCUCAACUGGAAUGUUUCCUCCAUCAAAACGAUGUUCCUAAUAAAGUGUUGGUUUACUUGA